AUGCCUGAAAAUUUCAAGAGUCAAGAUAACUAUCUGUCCUUGUCUUAUUCUGCAACGUCCCCAUCUCACUUUACUUUGGGGACAGGUAUUUCCAGUACAGAAACUGCUCAAGAGUUGGAGGGAUGUGACACUUUCCAGGAAGCCUUUAAUCCAAGAGACAGGAACCUGAAGGCAUCCGAAGUGCCGGAAAAGUACGCCGUCCGGUUUUUCAACAUUGGAGGAGCGGAGAGUGCCAGUGCUGCUGAGAAGCCCAGGGUUCUCAGGAGCCAGGCUGGCGUAGUGUCGUUAAGGAAAACAGCAGAGGCUGUGGUUGUUCUAGCUCGAGUAGACUGUCCUGUUGAAGGGGCUCAUAAUAUCUCAGCCUCCGUCCUCCCACAUCCCUGCCUGCUGUCCUUGCCCAGCACCAUCAUGCCUCGCGGUAAUAAGAGUAAGCACCGCGCUCGUGAGAAACGUCGCCGGGCUCGAGGUGACCCCCAAAGUGCCAAGGGUGCUCAAGCUUCUGCAGCAGAGGAGGAAGGGUCUUCUCCUUCUGAGGGCUCUCCCCAGAGGUCCGAGAAUCCUUGCGUUCCCCCGGGGAUUCAGAGGACCCCACCCACCACCACUGAUGUUGUACCUGUUUCAUCUGCAAUAGCUGCAAAAGGUGCCAAGGGCAGAGAUGAGGGAAAACCAAGUUCCUCUGGGGCACCACUCCCCACUGAGAAAACACCAAAAGAUCCUUUAUCCAAGAAGGAGUCUAUGUUGAUGCAAUUCUUGCUGCAGAAGUAUAAAAUGAAGGAGCCGGUCACAAAGGCAGAAAUGAUCAAGAAAGUUAAUAAAAAGUACAAGGAGCAUUUCCCUGAGAUCCUGAGGAAAACCACUGAAUGGAUGGAGAUGGUAUUUGGCCUUGUCCUGAAGGCAGUGGAUUCCAGUGGUCAAUCCUAUACCCUUGUCAGCAAAGUAGACAUCACCAACGAAGGAAGUCUGAAUGAUGACUGCGAGCAUCUCAAGAAUGGGCUUCUGAUGCCUCUCCUAGGUGUGAUCUUCUUAAAGGGCGACCGGGCCACCAAGGAGGAGAUCUCGGAGUUCCUGAAUGUUUUGGGGAUGCAUGAAAGUAGGAGGCACUUAAUCUGUGGGGAUCCCUGGAAGUUCAUCAGCAAAACCUUGGUGGAAAAAAUGUACCUGGAGUACCAGCAGGUGCCCAACAGUAAUCCUCCACGCUAUGAAUUCCUGUGGGGUCCCAGAGCCCACGCUGAAACCAGCAAGAUGGAAGUCCUGCAGUAUUUGGCCAAAGUUUUUGGUACAUCCCCCAGUGCCUUCCCGGUGCAUUAUGAAGAGGCUUUGAGAGAUGAGGCAAAGAGAGCCACAGCCAGAGAUGCAGCCAGGGCUGAUGCCAGUGCAAAGGCCAGUACACAUUCUAGAGCCACAAGCAGCACCUCCUCCACUCCUAGUCAAAUCUGA